GAUCAGUCCGUCUCGAGGCCUGCGCGAGAGAGAAGGGAGUGUUUCUCCGUCAGAGUCAGAAGUUGUAGUAUUUUUGAUAGGCGGAUUCAAACAACGGACCCAGUUCUGUUUUGGUCCUAGGAAUAAGUCUAGUUUGUUCACUCUGGUUGUUUUUUCUCGUCAGACGACAGCGGGCUAGCCUCAUUAGCUCACUUAGCUCGCUAGCCCGAGUGCGGAGAAUUCAUAAUGCCAACGCUGCGGGACAGCACCAUGUCCCACCCCGGAGAAAACCCACACCAGGUCCGGGUCAAAGCCUACUACAGAGGGGACAUCAUGAUCACACACUUCGAACCCUCCAUAUCCUAUGAGGGACUGUGCAAUGAGGUGCGGGACAUGUGCUCCAUGGACAACGACCAGCUCUUCACCAUGAAGUGGAUUGAUGAAGAAGGGGAUCCAUGCACAGUUUCUUCUCAGCUGGAGCUGGAGGAGGCCUUGCGUCUCUACGAACUCAAUAAAGACUCGGAGCUCAUUAUUCAUGUGUUUCCUUGUGUUCCUGAGAAACCUGGAAUGCCCUGUCCUGGAGAAGACAAAUCCAUAUACCGUCGUGGAGCUCGACGCUGGAGGAAACUCUACUAUGCCAACGGACAUGCAUUUCAGGCCAAACGUUUUAACAGGCGCGCUCAUUGUGCCAUCUGCACAGAUCGUAUCUGGGGCCUUGGCAGGCAGGGAUACAAGUGCAUAAACUGUAAACUGUUGGUACAUAAGAAGUGCCAUAAAUUGGUCACAAUGGAGUGUGGGAGACAGGUAAUACAGGACCCAAUGAUUGGAAGAAUUGAUGCAGGGUCCACUCCAUCAGAGCAUACUGAUCAAGUUCUCAUCAAAAAGCACUCAACAGAAAGCAUCAAUCAUGAGGGAGAGGAGCAUGAGGCUGUGGGCAGUCGGGAAUCAGGGAAGGCUGUGUCCAGUUUGGGUCUAUCAGACUUUGACCUGCUGAGGGUGAUCGGCCGAGGCAGCUAUGCCAAGGUGCUGCUGGUGCGUCUGAAAAAGACAGAACGCAUCUAUGCCAUGAAGGUGGUGAAGAAGGAGCUAGUGAAUGAUGACGAGGAUAUUGACUGGGUCCAAACAGAAAAGCAUGUGUUUGAACAGGCCUCCAACCAUCCUUUCCUUGUGGGACUUCACUCCUGCUUCCAGACUGAGAGCAGGCUAUUCUUUGUAAUCGAGUAUGUGAACGGAGGUGAUCUAAUGUUCCAUAUGCAGCGACAGAGAAAACUUCCGGAAGAGCAUGCCAGGUUUUACUCAGCAGAGAUCAGCCUUGCCUUGAACUACCUCCACGAACGUGGCAUCAUCUACAGGGACCUGAAACUAGACAACGUGCUGCUGGAGUCAGAGGGACACAUCAAACUCACAGAUUAUGGCAUGUGCAAGGAGGGACUGAGACCAGGAGACACAACCAGCACUUUCUGUGGAACCCCCAAUUAUAUCGCCCCUGAGAUUCUGAGAGGAGAAGACUAUGGUUUUAGUGUAGAUUGGUGGGCACUGGGCGUCCUUAUGUUUGAGAUGAUGGCUGGGAGGUCACCCUUUGACAUAGUCGGCAGCUCUGAUAACCCUGACCAAAACACAGAGGAUUACCUUUUCCAAGUAAUUUUGGAAAAGCAGAUCAGAAUUCCCAGAUCACUCUCAGUUAAAGCUGCCAGUGUUCUCAAGGGAUUCCUCAACAAGGAGCCAAAGGAACGCCUAGGAUGUCAUCCUCAGACAGGCUUUGCAGACAUCAUGGCCCAUCCUUUUUUCCGGAAUGUAGACUGGGACCUUAUGGAGCAGAAGCAAGUGGUUCCACCCUUCAAGCCCAACAUUUCUGGCGAGUUUGGGCUGGAUAACUUUGAUGCCCAGUUCACCAACGAGCCCAUUCAGCUCACGCCUGACGAUGAUGAUGCUGUAAAGAAGAUCGACCAGUCUGAGUUUGAAGGGUUUGAGUACAUCAACCCUCUGCUAAUGUCUGCGGAGGAGUGCGUGUGAAUGCCCCGUCUGUCUCUGUUACUUGCGUCUCAUGGCUGCCUUUUUUAAUUUUUGCAUGGUCGCAAACAGUCAAAAGACAGGAAACAAACAACCUGACGUCAUUUUGUUGGGACCAGUUGAUGCAUUAACUUUGCCAAACCGCUUUCACUUUCUGCCAUUUGUAACCACUAGUCCUUAAGUCAAUUUUUUUCUUGAUUAUUUUUGUAUCGUGAAAAUCUGCACUGAUAAUAUCAAAUGUAACAGUGCUUUUGAGCAUUGACCAACAUAGUUGGAAGGUCAAUUUUAGGUUACUGUACAAACAAAGAAAAUGACUGUGAUGGUACGCAGGCCACAUUUCCUGGCUUCUCCACUAAUGAUGUUUUAUUUGUACAUAUUAAAGGAAAAACAUUGACCAUGUAUAGUAAGCCAUUUUUAAACUCUAUAUCAGAUUACAUGGGAUAAUCUUUUUUUUUUUUUUUUCUAUUUUUUUUAUUUCCUGCUCCAAUUUUCUUCUGCAAAAAGUGUAGAUUAAGGAAGAAAAACAACGUAAUACUUGGUUUUCAUUUUUUUAUUAUUAUUUAAGAAUAUUGUUAUCUAUAUAGUAUGUGCACAGCAUCUUGAAUCUAGAGUUAUAAAAAAAAAAUCAAUAUUAGGAAUUGUUUAAAGAUGAUUGGGGAUUGAAAAUAUCAGUAGGUAUCAAACAUGUGAGAAUGGAGCAGGGAGCCCAGAAACACUAAUGGACAAUGUAUAUACUGACAAACUGUGAAUGGUUUCUGUAUAGAGAGGACAUGGUUGGGAAAGAGUGUAGAACAGACAUAAAAUAAAACAGCUUGUUUGAACACUACCAAAAACAAGACACUAAAGCAAAGCGUGUUCCUGUAAGUGGUCUCCAUAGAGAUGAGGUAUAAAGUGUUUCUCACCUUUUCUUUUCACUUUUAUCUCUUGCUUUCUGUGGUAAAUUGUGAAGCAUAGCUUUUCUGUUUAUGAUAUUCCAUUUGUGUGCUUUCUGUUAUUGCUUUUUACAAGGAACAAAUUGAGCGCCGAUGGACGUGUGCUUAUUGUUUCUCUGUACAAUCAUAGAGAAGCUUUUUCUUUUAGUCCCUUGGGGCAUUCCCAGUCAGAUCAGAUGCGUAGAAUACUAAGGGGCCCUCGAUUGUGUUUACCCUUCACGGCACCAUCAAUGGUGCCCAGCUUUUUGGGUGGUGUAUUUUGAAAACAGAUCAUGUCUGGACACAUUUUUUUGUGUUACAGUGAAAGAACCUUUGACACUAAUGACCAAAUGAUGACAUACUUUAACACUAAUUAACAUAUUUGUUCACAUCAGUGCCCUCUCUGAUUCCUUGCCAUGCAGAUAUCAACGUGCUUGACAGAUGUUUGCACUGGUUUUGACCUGUAAGUUGCUCGUUAGCAGCCUGGUGUGAGAAAUGACUGAUUUGCUUAAAGUCCUUGAAUAAUCCCCCCCCCCCCCCCAAAAGAGCUAAUAUUUUUUAAAGGAGCAUCAGGGGGCUGAGGUGCACCUGGACAUUUUUUAUUUUAUUCUUUGUAUACCCUGUAUCAUAUGCACAUUGAAAAACACUAUCAACGGACAGGAAUAAACUGUAACACCUAAUUAAAGUUUUUAAGGAAAGCUCUCAUUCCAAUCUCAAUUGUGAAAGCAAUUUUUUUGUCCUCACUGGACAAAAUUCACACCUGACUUUUACUCUUGUUGCUUGUUAAUUAAUUUUCUGCCCAGAAGGAGCACCUAAACUAAUGACUGUUCUUAGAAACAUUUAUUCAUAUUUUAUUAUUUGGUGAAACAUCUGUUAAAUAAAAAACUAAAAAAAACUG